GGGAGGCGCACGCUCUCAAACACAUCUCCGUGUAGAACAGUCGCCCCGGAGAUACCGAAUAGAAGAGAAACUGGGACCACACAACUCCCACCAUGAAACAAUACUGAAACCGUCACGCUUGCCGGGAGUAUCUUUCCCAGAACCAGACAUUACCUUUUUAUUGUCUCCACCGAGGCUGGUGAGGUUGAAAUAUGGAAACGGCUGCUUCAAGAUGUUUCCUAUUGCUCACUCAGCUCUUGCUCGUCUGUCAAUUAGUGGAACCUGUGCAAGGAUACGGACACCGGGCCCAGGCCGCCCAGCGCAAAUUCGCUGAUGACAUCGACUGGUCCUAUGCGGGGACUCUAAACCAAAACAACUGGGCCAACAAGUACCCAUCAUGCAGCAAUGCUAGACAGUCGCCCAUCAACAUCGAGGAGGAGCUGACACAGGUCAAAGUUCAGUUCCAGAAACUGGAGUUUGAGGGCUGGGAGGAGGCGAUGUCUGAUAUGACCACCAUCAAGAAUGAUGGCAAGACCGUGGCGGUGAACCCAGAGGGGGACUUCUAUGUGAGUGGAGGGGGGCUGAGGGGCAGGUUUAAGGUGGGGAGAAUCAUCUUCCACUGGGGCCUCUGUAAGGCUUCCUCAGAGGGCUCCGAGCACAGUCUCAGUGGGGUCAAGUACCCCCUGGAGAUGCAGAUCUACUGUUAUGAAGCACUUCACUUUGAGUCCAUAGACCAGGCCAUCAAGGACGGGGGCAGGAUCACAGCUCUCUCUGUGCUGUUAGAGACAGGCAUCGAAGACAAUGACAACUACAUGGCCAUUAUCGACGGAGUCAACAGUGUCAGCCGAUUCGGUAAGAGUGGGAUGGUGGGUCCCUUCUCUCUCCGUGGCCUCUUGCCCAACUCAACAGAUAAGUACUUCACCUACAAUGGCUCCCUCACCACCCCACCCUGCACUGAUACCGUGGAGUGGAUUGUCUUCAAGAACACUGUGGCCAUCUCCGACACGCAGCUGGAGAUGUUCUGUGAGGUGAUGACCAUGCAUCAGGCAGGCUAUGUGAUGUUGAUGGACUACCUGCAGAACAACUUCAGGGAGCAGCAGCAGCAGUUCAUGGGACAGGUCUUCUCCUCCUAUACCGGCACGGAGGAGGUCCUCACUCCCAUCUGUAGUUCAGAGCCGGAGAAUGUGCAGGCGGACCCCCAUAACCUGACCAGCCUGCUGGUGAUGUGGGAGCGGCCGAGGGCGGUGUACGACGCCGUGAUAGAGAAGUACUCAGUCACCUACAGGCCUGCCCAAGGAGAGGACUCUGCAACCUUCCAGUACCUGACUGACGGAGACCAGGAUGUGGGGGCCAUGCUGCAGGACCUGAUAGCCAAUACUAGCUAUGUGGUGCAGGUGGUGGCCGUGUGCACCAACGGUCUGUACGGUCAUGUGAGCGAGCAGUUGUCCGUCAACAUGCCCUUCGAAGACCCCGAGGCAACACCUUAUCCAGAUUCUACUGAAUUUGAAGGGGCAGAGGACUAUGGACCCUGGGCUAAACCAGGUGAAGAACUGGACAAUGACAUGGACUGGACAACCCAAAGCACUACGAGAACCAGGCCCACUUCAACCACUGGCCCACCCAGCCUCCCCUUGCCUGCUAUCAGAACCACCACCCCAUUUGUCCAGAGGAGAACCUCCACACCAGGCACUCCAUCCAGGACCACUCAACCCAACCGAGCACAGACUUCCACAGAGCAGAGUGAGAGGUAUCGCAGUACAACCAGAGCACCAGCAGAGGGUGCUGUCUCAGCAGGCAGCAGAGGCAAGGGAAGAACCCAGAAGUAUACCACUACAGUGACCACUCCGCAAUCACGCACUGAUGUCAUCAACACUUCAUCAACCAAGACCGAGAAGGGCAGAGGGGUGGCGUAUCCUGUGACCGUCCCAAGCGGAAAAGCAGCGGUGUUUCCAUGGCCACUCCACUCCCGGAAAGCCGGACCAUGGCCACUUCCGCCUCCUCCCUCUCUCAGGAAGAACCACAAUGGCCUACAAGUCCCAGCAUGCCCUUGUUUUCAUCCACUGCCUCCUCCUUCGCCGGGGCACUCUUGCAGACCACACAGCCGGUGUUCAACGCCUUCUCUUCUCCUCUCUAGUGACUUCUAUCUGUUCGGGGCCACCCCAGGCCUUACUGACUCUGUAUCUGGUGGGCUGGGGGACUCUAGUUACGCUACAGGCCGUGUAGUAGAGUCUUGUCUGGUGGGUGUUGUCGUCGGUGGUGGUGGUGAUGUUGGAUUCACGGUAGCUAGCGAUGGCGUGGAGUCGUUGUGUUUCCAUAGUGACCUGCUCGUUUCUGUUACAGCCACACCGUCCAGCUCCAAGGACCACUGGGUUUCGGCCCUCCAAACCUCAGCCCCCUCCUCUUCCUACUCGGCCUCCCCCCUCACCCCCACCCUCCCCCCUGAACUGCAGACGAUGAGGAGUGGGACAGGGUUCAGAGUUCAGCCUCGGGGGGAGGGCGCGCUCCCUUAUAUCCCCACCUUCACACCCACACUCACCUCUGAAGCCGCCGCCACUCCCAACAUCGACACAGAAGAACUCUCCUCAUCGUUCUACUUUGAGAGCGAGAAGGGCAGUGCCGUCACCAACGAUACAGUGGGCAGCACGGCAACAGUAUCUGGGGUGACCGCGGCGGCGCCCUGGUCGCUAGGUGGGGAGGUGGAGAGUGGCUCGGGGCAGGGCGAGAGCCUGUACGACAACGAGACGUCAUCAGACUUCACUAUCACCGAGCGCACAGAGAGAGACUCUGAGGAGGAGGAGGAGGAGGAGCCAGUUGCAGAGGCCAGUAACAGCAGCCAUGAGUCCAGGGUGGGUCUGGCCAGGGAGAGAGAGAGGAGGGCCAUGGUCCCUCUGGCAGUGAUCUCCACCCUCACCUUCCUGGGACUCAUCGUCCUGGUGGGAAUCCUCAUCUACUGGAGGAAGUGUUUCCAGAUUGCCCAUUUCUACAUAGAGGACAACACAUCCCCCAGAGUCAUAUCUGUUUCACCCACAUCCAUGCGUACAGAUACAGAUAAACAAGAAGCCCUUCCAGUGAAGCAGUUUGUCAAGCACGUGACGGAGCUCCACCACACCAAUGCAUUCUCCAGAGAGUUUGAGAUAUUGAAAGAGUGUUAUGAGGAGGUGCAGGCGUGCCCGGUGGACCUGGGUAUCACCACAGACGGCUCCAACCAUCCAGACAACAAGAACAAGAACCGAUACAUUAAUAUCCUGGCCUAUGACCACAGCCGAGUAAGACUCUCAACCCAGGCUGACAAAGAUGGGAAGAGUGGAGAUUACAUUAACGCAAACUACGUUGACGGUUUCAACAAGUCCAGGGCCUACAUCGCAGCCCAGGGCCCUCUCAAGUCCAGCACCGUGGACUUCUGGAGGAUGGUGUGGGAACAGAACGUGGGCGUCAUCAUUAUGAUUACCAACUUGGUAGAGAAGGGACGGAGGAAGUGUGACCAGUACUGGCCCCUGGAUAGCCAGGAAGAGUUCGGUGAUUUCCUGGUGACGGUGAAGAGCAGUAAGGUUCUGGCCCACUACACCCAGAGAACCUUCACCCUCAGGAACACCAAGGUCAAAAAGGUUUCUCUGAAAGGGCGGAUUAACGAGCGGACCGUGACCCAGUACCACUACACUCAGUGGCCGGACAUGGGCGUGCCCGAGUACACUCUGCCCGUGCUCACCUUCGUCCAGAAGUCCUCCAAAGCCAGGACAGAUGACAUGGGGCCUAUCGUAGUGCACUGCAGUGCAGGGGUUGGCAGGACUGGAACCUACAUAGUGUUGGAUAGUAUGCUGAAGCAGAUCAAAGAAGAGGGCACGGUCAACAUCAUGGGCUUCCUCAAACACAUCCGCACACAGAGGAACUACCUGGUACAGACAGAGGAGCAGUAUGUGUUCAUCCACGAUGCUCUAGUGGAGGCCAUCUUGGGCAAGGAGACGGAGGUUUCCUCCAGUCGCAUCCACAGCUACGUCAACGACCUCCUGACCCCAGGGCCCUCCGGAAGGACACAGCUAGAAAAACAGUUUAAGCUGAUAUCCUCGUCCAAUGCCAUACAGUGUGACUACUCAGCAGGCCUGAAAGAGUGCAACAGAGAGAAGAACAGAAACUCCUCUUUGAUACCCGAUGAAAGGUCACGGGUUUGUCUGUCCACAGUGGCUGGAGAAACUACAUCAGACUACAUCAACGCCUCAUACCUCACGGGGUACCGGCAGAGCACUGAGUUCAUCGUGACCCAAAACCCGCUGGCCGGCACAGUGACAGACUUCUGGAGGAUGAUCUGGGAUCACAACGCUCAGGUCAUAGUCACACUGCCGGGAACACCAAGCCUGGCAGAGGGGGAAGAGCCAUACGUGUACUGGCCCCGCAAGGAGCAGCCAAUCAGCUAUGAGGCGUUCACAGUGACCCUGCAGAGCGAGAACCACAUGUGUCUGGCCAACGAGGAGAUGCUGGUGGUGCAGCACUACGUCCUGGAGGCUACACAGGAUGACUAUGUUCUGGAAGUGAGGCACUACCGGGCGCCUCACUGGCCCAACCCGGACAGCCCCAUCAGCAGCACCUUUGAGCUGCUCAGUCUGGUGAAGGAGGAGAGCUCCUCCAAGGAGGGCCCCACAGUGGUCCACGACCAGGUUGGCGGUGUUACUGCGGGAACCUUCUGUGCCCUGUCUACUCUGGUGCACCAACUAGAGGCGGAGAGCUCUGUGGACGUGUACCAGGUGGCCAAGAUGUUCAACCUCAUGAGGCCCAGGACCUUCACUGAUGUUGAGCAGUAUCAGUUCCUAUACACAGCCAUGCUGAGUCUGGUGGGCACACAGGAGGACGAGAGGAUGCUCCAGUCCUCAGACAACAAUGGAACAGUCCCAGGGGGCACCGCCAGCACAGCAGAGAGCCUUGAGUGCCUGGUGUAAACCAUUUACAUUUUAGUCACUUAGCAGAAUAGGAGCAAUUAGGGUUAAGUGCCUUGCUCAAGGGCACAUGGACAGAUUUGGUCACCCUGUCGGCUCGGGGAUUUGAACCAGAUACCUUUUGGUUACUGGCCCAACGCUCUUAACAGCUAGGCUACCUGCCGCCCUAUGGCAACAGGGCCCCUAACUUGUCAGUAUGUAUUCUCGCCUAUCUCACAGCUUUUAAAAACUGCAGCUUUGCCUGUUUACCGUCUGUUCUCCGUCUUUGAAUGCAUUUUCCAGACCGCUGGACAUGAUACCCUAUGACCUUGUAAUGUGUGCCUUUGUAUAUUCAUCUUGUAGCCUACUUGUAAUGGCUCUCAUACAAUUGAAGUCAACUUUUCUGAUGUUUUGUUGAUACUACUGUCUUGAGAUAUUUGCUUUACUCUGUUUCAUAUUUAUUUUCAGUAAGCAAAAAGGGAACAUGCUACUUUUUACGUUCAACAGGUUUUGUUAGCCUAUUUUUUGUUGAGUCAAUGCAUUGAGCAACUAAUUAUUCCGUCUAACAUUGAAUAUGCUAUUUUGUUUGUAGCAACAGUGAGCUUUUGAAGUCAAAUGCAUAAUGGUAUGAAAUAAUACAUCUAAUAUGUAAAUAAUAUUAUAGCAACCAAGUCAAUGGACCAAAUUUCUAUUUAUACUUCUAGAUUUUUAUAUUUUACUACAAUUUUUGUCAAUUUUUUAUGUAUGGCUGCAUUCUAAAAAUAACUUAGUCAAAACAUUUUUUAUGUUUUAAUAUUAGUGUUCUGUAACGUACUAAAUAUGAAGCAUGGGAUAUUGACACUUUAGCUGUACAUUAAACAUUGCUAGAGGAUUAGACAGGAUUAAACAAGUGAAAUAAAAU